AUGUUCCCUCGCUGCAUCGCCUCCAGAACCCUAAGACCAUCCACAGUCGCCCCCAUCACCACCAAACUCACCCACACCCACAAACGCGCCUUCACCCUCACCCAGCCCACCAUGACCCUCCUCUCCGAGGCCAUCAAAGACGACCACCGCGAACUCGAAGACGCAUACAACAAGAUCCUCUCCGCCACAAACGUCGAUGAGAAACGCCGCUGGCAGAACCAGUUCACAUGGGAACUAGCCCGCCACUCCAUCGGCGAGGAGCUGGUCGUCUACCCGCUCAUGGAGAAGAACCUACCCAACGGGAAGGCGCUGGCCGACAAGGACCGCGCGGAGCAUAAGACUGUCAAAGAUCACCUGUAUAAAUUCCAGAGCCUCUCGCCCACGGACCCCGAGUUCGAGUCCACGAUCAAAGCGCUCUGGUCUGAUCUGGGGGAGCACAUCAAGGAGGAAGAACAGGAUGACCUGCCUUCGUUGGAGAAGACGCUGGCGAAGGAUGACUCCGAGAAGCAGGUGAAGUCGUUCAUGCGGACGAAGAAGCUUAUUCCGACAAGGAGCCAUCCCGAUGCGCCUGAUAAGCCGCCGUUUGAGACUGUUGUGGGGCUGAUGACGGCGCCGAUUGAUCAUCUGGCGGAUUUGUUUAGGAAGUUUCCCGAGGAGUCGAAGAGUCAGUUGCCGCCUUGA